AUGCCUUCUUUGAGAUUGGUUAACCUUGAAAGGAAUAAUUUAAAUGGAAGUUUGCCUGAAGAAAUGUGUCAUCAACUCCCUACGCUGGAAAUCUUGGCUCUUGAUGAUAAUUAUUUAGAGGGAAGCAUUCCAAAAUCAAUAAGUAACUGCACAUCUUUAAAAGGGUUAUAUUUGGACAACAACUCAUUUACAGGCAAAAUUCCAUCAUCUCUCUUUAACAUUGCUGCUUUAAGCAGUGUGGUUUUAUCAAAAAACAAUUUGAAUGGAAGUCUUCCAAUAUCAAUUGGCAAUGCCACAUUGUUGGAAGAAUUAGAUCUAUCAUGCAACUCCUUUUCAGGAAGAGUGCAAUUGCAUCACUUCUCUUGGAAAAGUAUGUGUUUCAUUGACUUGAGUUCCAACUCACUUCAAGGAGAGCUCACUUAUUCAAUUUGCAAUGCUAGCUCACUUGAAGUUCUCAACUUGUCCCACAACAAUUUCAGUGGCAACAUUCCGCAUUGUAUUGGAAGCUCUAGCCUUGCUUCUCUUCAUGUGUUGGAUUUCCAAAACAAUAGCUUUCAUGGCACCAUACCAGAAACAUUUGAGGAGGGAAGCAAGCUAAGGACCCUAAAUCUUAAUGGUAAUCUUCUACAUGGUUUGUUGCCUCAAUCUUUGGUCUAUUGUGCAGACUUAAAAUUUUUAGAUCUUGGUAAAAAUGGUAUUCAUGAUACAUUUCCCUAUUGGGUUCAAGACCUUAAGGAAUUGCAAGUGCUCGUUCUUAGGGAGAAUAACUUACAUGGUUCUAUCCCUCAUGUAAACAACAAAGCCAACUAUACCUUCACUAACUUGAGAGUUUUUGAUAUAUCCAACAACUACUUUCAUGGUUCUUUGCCUACAACUUAUUUCAAAUAUUUUGAUGCUAUGAAAAAUCUCAAGGGAGAAACUAGUUUAGAAUAUAUGGGUUAUCAAUCUCCAGUUUUUGGCACAUAUCAAGACUCCGUUGACUUAACCUUUAAAGGAUUAUGGGACUUUCAUAUAGAAAAGAUCUUGAUUAUUUUCACAUGCAUUGAUCUAUCAAAUAACAUGUUUGAGGGAGAGAUUCCCAUAUCUAUUGGAGAGUUUAGUGCAUUGACGGGGCUCAAUUUUUCACAUAAUAGGCUUAUUGGUGCAAUUCCAAACUCAAUGGGAAAUUUGAAAAAUUUGGAAUGGUUGGACUUGUCAUCAAACAAUCUUAUUGGAAAAAUCCCAAUAGAGUUGACUAAUCUCAACUUCUUAUCUAUUUUAAACCUUUCACAUAACCGACUUGAAGGCUGCAUUCCUAGGGGCCAACAGUUUGAGACUUUCACAAAUGAUUCUUUCAAAGGAAACAAAAAAUUGCGUGGCUUUCAACUAAUGAUUUCAUGCAUCCCUAAUGUUAAAAGACAACCAUCACUACAAAAUUCAAGUUUUGAAGUUAGAUUUGAAUUUGGAUGGAAACCUGUCAUACUAGGGUAUGUAUGUGGGGCUUUAUUCGGAUCAACAAUGUUCUGGGUUGUAGUAUUUAGUGGUAAACCUCGAAGGCUUGCAAGUUUGGUGGAUGAUCUGCCAAAGAUAGGAAGGAGAAGGUAUAUGUUAGCAAAGUUGUGA